AUGUCGUCGGCCGACACGAGCCCCAUAUCCCCCGCCCGCUUCGCCGAGGCCCUGCGCGAGCUCUCCCUCCCGAUGCUACAUCUCAAGGCCCUCGAGAUCCGCAACUCGAUCCUGCACCUGCGCUACUCCAACGCCCAGCUGAAGCCCUACGCCGAGGGCGCCGCGACGACGCUCGACGCCGCCGACGCCUCCGCCGGCCGUCCCGAUCCCGAUUGCGUCGAGGCCAUCCGCGAGAACGACGUCGUCAUCGCCCGCAUGGACGAGCGCCUGCAAAUCAUCCGCGACGAGGUCGAGGGCCGCGGCCACUCAUGGAGCGAGUUUCAAAGCAAGGAGGAGGUCGAGUCGGACCACCACCAGCAGCAGCAGCAGCAGCAGCAGCAGCAGGCCGGCGCCCGUGCUAACGGGGUGAACGGCACUACGGCCCAGGCGACAACGACGAACGGUCUCGGCGCCGCGACGGCCGAAGAGGAGAGGAUCGCGGGACAGACCGCCGCCACCGCGAGCAACCCAAACACCGCAACGGCAGCCUCGCCACACCCCGCAUGGUUGGACGGCACCUUCCAGAUGGGCACGAUACGCAACGGCGAGAUCCGGAUGGACGCCGCACCGGCCCAACCUACCCCGCAGCCAAACAGCACGGGUGGCCGUCUGUCGGACGAGGAGCUGCGCCGGGCCAUGGAGGAGCGGAUGAGGGACCUCGGCCACGACGAUGACGAUGGGAUGCACCUCUGA